GAUUGGCUGGAAAGAGUUACGGGAUGGGCGGGGACACUGAUGUACAGGCAUUCAACAUCUGGGAGAAAAGUGAGCCGGGCUGGGCGGGGCGCCAUACAAUAUAUCGAACGGCUCAACCAAUCGGAGCGGACGCGAUCCCAGCGUCCUCUCCCUGAUUGGCUGGAACGCCUGUCAAAGUGGCGCGCGGGGGGUGGAGAGGCGUGGUCUGAACGGCCGCCCGAGUGUUGUGAUUUUCAGUCCGGCGUCAGUCUUGUCACAGCAGCGAGGGGCGCCUUUUCACUGCCCGGCGCUCUGGGAUUACUAACCGCCUGACGAAGAAACAACUAGCGACAACUAACUCCUCUGCCUUCUUCACCGCUUUCCUUCUUCCUCUGCUGUCCUCUGAGACACACCGACGCGUGUUUUUUGUUCACACUGGAGGACGCGAAGGGGAGACGAUAAGAGACUCUGACAGCCGCCGUCUUAACCAGCCUGUGCCGACCUGCUGUAACUCACCUGCUUGGAGGAUCUCUGUUUGAAAGCUAAGGAAGUUUUUGAAGACCGAGUGUUCUUAGAGGAAGAGCCUCAAAAGGGGGUUUCAACCCCUGACCCCCCACCAACCAAAAAGACAAAACAAAAAAAACCCUUCAUCUUCAGAAACCCAACCUCCCCGGACCCGCCUUGUCGAGGUCACUUGCUGAGAGAAAAGUGGGAGGAGCUAAAGAUCUGUGGAUUGGUGGAUCACUGGACGUGAAUAACCUGUCUGUGGGAGGUGAAUCCGCCGUGGGUCAUGUGUUUCUGCUGAGGUCUCAUCUUCCCGCCAAAAUGAGGCCGUCGCCCGGCUCGCCUCGACCCGUCCUGCCCGCCGUCCUGGCUCUCACCUUAGCCGCCUUCUUACCUCAGCUGUCCUCAGGAGCCACGCCGUUCCCCCAAGACCUGGAACCAAUCAGCAUCGUGGGCAGAGAAUCCUCCUACCUCUACCCCAGCUUCCAGGGACUCAUGUCGGACAAUGACACCGUCCGCCUGGGCCUGGACUUCCAGAGGAUGCUGAGGAUCAACCACAUGCUCUACAUCGCUGCCCGGGACCAUGUGUUUGCCAUCAAUCUCGCUUCUUCAGCUGAGCAGAUAAUCCCGCAGCAGAAACUGACUUGGAAGACGAAGGAUGUGGAGAAGUGCACUGUGAGGGGGAAGAACAGCGACGAAUGUUACAACUAUAUCAAAGUGCUGGUGCCGCGCAAUGACGAGACGCUUUUCGCCUGCGGCACCAACGCCUUCAACCCCACCUGCCGCAACUAUAAGAUGUCCACACUGGAGCAGGAAGGGGAGGAGGUGGUGGGACAGGCUCGGUGUCCCUUUGAGUCCCGCCAGUCCAACGUCGGCCUUUUUGCAGGUGGCGAUUUCUACUCAGCCACCAUGACGGACUUCUUGGCGAGCGAUGCGGUGAUUUACAGAAGUCUGGGAGAAAGCAGCCCCGUUCUGCGUACCGUCAAGUACGACUCCAAAUGGCUGCGAGAGCCCCAUUUCCUCCACGCCAUUGAGUACGGGAACUACGUGUACUUUUUCUUCAGUGAGAUUGCGGUGGAGUACACCACCCUUGGCAAGGUGGUUUUCUCCAGAGUCGCGCGUGUUUGUAAGAAUGACAACGGCGGUUCACCGAGAGUGCUGGAGCGUUACUGGACGUCGUUCCUCAAAGCCCGGCUGAACUGCUCCGUCCCCGGCGACUCCUUCUUCUACUUCGAUGUUCUGCAGUCGCUGACGAACGUGCUGCAGAUCAACCACCGGCCGGCCGUGCUCGGCGUCUUCACCACGCAGGCCAACAGCAUCACCGGCUCAGCCGUCUGCGCUUUCUACAUGGACGACAUAGAGAAGGCCUUCAGUGGCAAAUUCAAAGAGCAGAGGAACAGUGAGUCAGCCUGGACACCUGUUCCAGAGGAGCAGGUCCCAAAACCAAGACCGGGAUGCUGCGCCGGCGAGGGCUCAGCCGCCGCCUUCAAGUCCUCCACCACCUUUCCCGACGACACCUUGACUUUCAUCAAGUCGUACCCGCUCAUGGACGAGUCGGUGCCUUCAGUCAACGACAGACCCUACUUCACCCGCACCACCAGCAGAUUCAAGUUGACCCAGAUAGCGGUGGACACGUCUGCAGGGCCGUAUAAAAACUACACCGUGGUGUUUCUGGGCUCAGACAACGGCCGCGUGCUGAAGAUCCUGGCCAGCACCGAGGGAGCGAACGCAUCCUUCAACACUCAACUCCUGGAGGACAUCGACGUCUACAACCCCAACAAAUGCAACGUGCAGGGGGAGGACAGGAGGGUGCUCGGCCUCGAGUUGGAUCGGGAUCACCACGCGUUGUUCGUGGCGUUCUCCAGCUGUGUGAUCCGCGUGCCGCUGAGCCGCUGCUCCGACUACAGCACCUGCAAGAAAAGCUGUCUGUCCUCACGCGACCCGUACUGCAUGUGGCUCAAGUCAGGCAGCUGUGCCACCGUCUCACCUGGCUUCAAAGGCGGGUUUGAACAGGAUGUGGAGAACGGGUACCGUCAGCACCCUGAUACCUGCCACGAUGUCCUGGCGACCACUCGCAAGCAGAACACGGCGCUAGAUUCAGCGUAUGGGAAGACCACACCCACAAGCGCCAGCACAACCUAUCAUGGGGCGGCAUUCCCAAAGGAGGCAGGUGACCCUGAAAGAGGUACAGGUCCUGAUGGCCCUCCCCCAGUGGGGGAACAAGGGUCACCUGACUCGGAGCCAAUCAGUGUGGAGAUGGAGGGUGUGAGGCGACCACCGGAGCUGGAGAAGACCAAUCACAGUGUCCAUUACACUCUCCUCAUCGCUUGUGUUUUGGUGGCUUUUGUCCUCGGCGCCUUCCUGUCCGGCUUCCUGGUCUCCUGCUACUGUAACCACACGGGCCACAAAACCAAGAAGCUGUCGAAAGAUCCCGAGGCCCCGAUCCCCCACGCCCUGUCGCUCCGCAGUCUGGCGAAGCUUAACGGUUUACUGGACAGCCAGAGUAAGGACGACAAGCUGGAGGUGUCAUCUCCGAAGAUCUACAACUCUUUCUUCGCCAACAGCAAGGAGCAUCAUCCGCCGAGGAGAAAUGGCCCUCACGCCAUGACAAUGGGAGACCUGGUCCAUCCCCACCACCACCACCACCACCACCAUCUCCACCAUUCCUCAGAGCUGUCUGGUCUGCCUACACCAGACUCGACCCCAGAGCUGCCUAUCAAGAGCAUGAAAGCCUUCAAGAACCAGUGGGAGAAGAACCAGAAUUGCAACAAUGCCAAGGAACCAAAGUCCCACAACAUUGUCUCCAGGCCCAGCUCCGCCCUGCUUCACCAGCAGGGCUUCCCGUACUCCCACGGCCUGUCCAACGGACAGCCGCUAGGUCACCUCCAUCCAGACGAGCGCAAAAUCCAUAAUGUUGAGCGUGUGUUAUCACAACAACCCUACCCUGGUUACUCCCAGAAGGUGAUGGAGGUAACGUCGCUGGACGAGCUCCUGAAGCACAUCCACGAGGCGGGAGGCAGCAAGAACUCCCAGUUAAUGAGCCCGUCGGGUCUGAUGGCCAGCGGCGGAGGUCAACUAGCGUUCGCCAACCGCAUCCAACCUCAGAUUCCUGAGACAGAAUCAGCCCCUUACUACAGCUCAUCCACCUUACCCCGAGACAGCCUCACCCGACGCAUGGAUGUUCCUCCAGACAUUCCCCCACACCACCAGUCCACGCUGGAGAGGAGGCACUCCUCCCAGAGGCACUCGCUGAUCACUGCCGCCAGCAAGAUGCCCAAUGGAGGCGCAGUGGGAGUAAGUGGAGGAGGAAUGAUCCCUCGCCAGCACAGCUUCAGCCAGCGAAACGGCGGACCCCACCAGCCACCUCCCCUCCUGGCACGGAUGAACUCGACGGGCAGCGCCUGCGAGGUUCACUACCCCCUCAUCCCCAACGGUUACCUGACACGCCAGCACAGCUACAACGGAGAGCAGCAGGAGGUCCAACACCGGGGUGCUAUCGUCCGCCGGGCCUCCUCUCUCAAACCUGACGUCCCUCCCAAGCCCCUGUUCAUACCUGCCACGUCCCCCGUCAACCAACAGGGCAAGUUCAACUACUGAGGAGGUACACUCCUGGACUAGAGAGGGAGUCUCCCUCGUUGUGUCUUCUUAAAGGAACCUCCCUUUGAAGAAAAGCAGUGGGUUCGAGGUUUCAGACCUUCACAAGACAACACAACCAAUCUCGUGGCAGCCAGUGUCACUGUGGACGAAAGCCUCAACCAAACUUGUUUCUCCCUCUUCUUUUUUGUCCAACGAAUAUCUUUGUACCAUAUUGGUAUUGCUCAGCUACUCGCUUAUUAUAGAACUGCUGACUCAGGUGACGUGAUGCCACCUCCUUAUAUUAGGCUGCCAAUGUCCUCAGUGUGGAUUUACAAUGCAACUUAGUUUUUGGGACGCGUUGAUGUUGGAGAAGAAAAAAAAAAAAAAAAAAGAAGAAGAAACUUUACACAUCAGUCAUCUCGAAGACUAAAAAGCCAGAGGCUCCUGCGAUGCUUAGAUUCAUGCUUUUGCUUAACCUUUUUCUGAUGUAGUGUUGGUAACCAGUCCCCACCCGCCCCACCCUCGAAUGUGUUUAUAUUAUGCAUGUGUGUGUAUAUAUAUGUGUGUUUAUAUCCACACCGUAUAUGUAUACAUAUACAUAUGCAGUAUAUGUAACCUGUGGUGAAAAGUCCGCAAAAAUUCCCCUGAAAGUAGUUACGUCUCUGCCUUACUAUACUCUUUCAUCUUUGGGCAUAUCAAACGAUCCCCCACACACCCCCCGAGAAAAACCUUAGGGGGGACACACCAAGUCAUGCACUUCAUCAGUACAACCCUUUUGUCAGUUGGCUAAUAAAACUGAACCAAAUUUGUUCAAGGAAAUACUUCAACAAAGCAGCUAUACUCGUCUUCUUUCUCUCUCUCUCUCUCUCUUUCUCUCUCUCGCUCUCUCUUCUUUUUCUUUUUUCCCGUCCCAGCAGAUGUCAAAGUCAGAAAGUGACGAAAAAUCGGGUCCAUUUAAGUUCCUCGAGAAUGUUUCUCUUAAGAUUGGUGCUCCACAAAUCUAGUGGGUCUAACACCCUCUGAAAAGGACAUUUAAAAAAAAAAAAAAAAAAGAACAAAAAGAAAGAAAGAAAGAAAGGAAAAAACUGUAUUCUGGACCCAAAGAGGACGAGACGAAAAACGCCGCGCCAUCUGGCAGAAUGAGAAUGAACAUAAAAACAUAGAACGGACUGCAGUUAUUAUAAUUAUUAACUUUGUGGCUAUUGGUUGUAAAUAAAGGAAUAAUUACUAGCCAAAUUUUAACUGUAUGUGUAAAUGUGUGCCUUAUUUAAUAAUAGUGUGUGACAUGGGGGUAGGGGUAAAUGCAAGGGGCUCAGAUGGCUACUAUGCUACAGUAUAUUGUAGGUGUUUCAUUUUCUAUGGUCGUCAGUACGUGUCAUACAGUAUCCUAUUGUAUAUCUGAAGAGUUUCAUUCCAGAAUGAGAUAUUUGUCAUUUAAUAAAACACAAAAAAAACAUUUGUUAUUAUAACUGCAAGUAUGAUUGUAACACACUCACUAAUGAAUCGUAUGUUAUGUUAUAUCUUGAGUAUAUUGAGCCUUUUUUUUUUUUUUUUUUCAAGUAAUAUUUCACAAAUUCUCAUCUGUUAUUUUGAGAGAUAUUAAACACCAUUAAAAUGUUUUAGUUUUUUUCUUAUUUUUGAAGAUGAAUACAGAGUUUUGGAAUGAAACUCUUCAUUUUUCUCUUUGUUGUUGUUUUUUUUUUUUUUUUUUUUCUUUUCUGGUUUUCUUAUCCCACAAGUGUGAGAGCCUGCAGAUGCUUUCAGGUGAGUGUUUGGAAAAGCGAGUAAACACGAGCCUGAGACUGCAGACGUUCAGGUUCAAACUGCCUCCAUAUUAUGUCACUUUCCACUGGGUGUCACUUUCCCCGAUUAGGUGCCAUUGUUAACUUUUUUUUUCUCUUUUUAGCAUUAGCAUUAGCUUCUCUUUAGGUUUUCUAAGGGAGCAGUUCACAGUUCCUCUUAAGUAGCCAUUGUAGAAGUCGAGGGGGCCGAUGGAUGAUACAUAAUUUUUCUUUUUAGUUGAUAUUCUGGAGAUAUGGUUGAAAAAAAUAAAGUUAAAAGAGAAUAGAUGCAGGAUGAAGGCACGAAACUGGACUUCUACAAUGGUUACCGCUGUCGAGUUUGGACUUACCUGCGUCACCAGGUGUCAUCGCCAGCGCUGUAGGUAGCGAGUAGGAGUGGAAACAACACAAGUUUCUGUGUAGGAAUGUGUGCAAACGAUGGAGAAGUGCAAUGAACUCUGAUCCGACGAGCUGAGAUUGUUCUCUCGGAUCGAUACAGUUUCGGUUCCCAGGAGGCCACGCUGCCCAGCGUCUCCCCUCAGGGACGGAGGUGCCGGUCGGAUCUGCGUCAGAAAACAUCAACGCUUCAAGACUCUCCGCUGUUGCACUUUUCAGCAGAGUCACUUUGGCCACGGUCGACUGGAACCGUGAUCAAUUCUGUGAAAACAGCACUACGCUAUUUACUGUAUCCGAAAGUGGUGUUUAUUGAUUGAAAUUUCCCAGAGCUCAUUUGAGCCAAUAUAAAGUUUACUAUUCAUACACAAAGCUCCAGUAAAUAAAGGUCCGACCGCAGCGUUUGUUUAAAGGGAAAAAAAAAAAAAAGAAAAAAAAAAGUUGAUUUGGAUAUUAACAGGCAGCGGAGCAUUAAAUAGCUUUUUGGAACAACAAAUACAAAACAUCCAACUUGAUUUAAGGUCGUGACCGUAAUGGUUUAUAAGAGGAAUUGUGGCAGCUACAGUGUUUGAUGAGUGGAAGUGUUUUUUUGUUUUGUUUUUUUCCUUUCAUUAUUUUUUCUGCCGGUGACAGAUUGUAUGGGGCAGGGAGCGGUUUCGCCUCUUAAAAGCUCUAAAAUCAGUAUUUGAUUUGGUGUAAAUACAUUCUAUCUGGGCGGGGUCUCAUUGAUUCAGUAUUAUGUUUUGGUUUUUUUGUUUUUGUUUUUUUUUUGUUCUGUUUGAUUUCCAGGCUACGCCUCUUGAAUUAAUAUGAAUUUGGUCUCACAGAAUACCAUUGUAUGUCUCUUAUACUAGGAAUAAAAUUAAAAAUAUGA